AUGCCUGUUGCUGCUCUUUCUGACGAUACUACCUAUGACCACAGUAACGACGCGCCACCAAUUACCGAGGUUGAGGUUGUCGAUGGCCUGGGGGGAAAUCUCGAUCUCGACGACGUUAUGAAGGUUUCCGACACGUCCAAGGUUGUGCAGGAUAGUCCUAUGCUCGAGUCGAUGCGGGGAGCCUCCAUUUCCACCAGUGCAGAUCAAACUUCAGAUGGAGCCAGCGUCCACAGUAUGCCCGCUGUUCACAUCACAGAACCAACGUCGCCUGGCCCACAAAGGCCCUCUCCGACAUCUCCAGAAGCCACCCUCCUUGACAGUAGACCACCGCCACCUUCUCCAGCGAGAAGCAGCACUUUCCAAGAGGAGGGCUCUCUGAGCCAGCAGCAAAGAAGGGCGCGGCACAGGUCAGCUAUAGAGCCCCGACCUAAUCGACUGUCUGGUUUCUUUACGAAUCUCAUGCACCGACGAGAGCCUCCGCAUACGCCUUCCCGAGAAGCUAUACGCGAGGAUCCCACUCCUCCUGAACCUCGAACUAAUUCAGAGGUCCCUUCUCGUGCUUCUUCACCCUUGGUCCAGCGCCCUGUUACUCCUCCGCCCCCUCCAUUACCUCCACCAACUUUACAGGAGUUGGGCCUCUCACUAUCUGCCCUGACCACGAACCUCGCUCCGUCGCAUUUCAGCACUCCGCCUGCUAGUGGUGCCUUUCUCGCUCCACAUUAUCUCCUCCUAUGUCAUGCGCAAGGCCUCGAUGUGUUGCCCCUCGUUUCGCCCCCAGCGCCGCAACCGUAUGCCCUUGUGAGACGUGUCGGCUUCAAAAGUGUCGUCGUUAUGGAGCAGCGCGGCGUUCUUGUCGCCAUUGCUGGGCGUAGGGAUGGUGUUCGAGUUUAUGCACUGGAGGAGGUAAAAAAGGCCAUUGAAUGGCGGAUUGAUGUCGAAGUGAGGCGGGAACGUGAUCGGUUACGGCGAGAAAAUGUCAAGAAAAUGACACUGCGCACCGCAGACGUUGCGGACGACCGAGACUCUACCGAAAAGACCCGCAAAGCAAGCCUUUCAACGCCUCCGCCUGGAGAAACGGAUCGGGCACGCUCGAACCUGCUGCGGAAGAGCUCCCAUAAUCCACUUCCAGCACCCCCUUCUCCCCCACCUGUUCCUCUUAUCCCUCGCUCCGCAACUCGUCGAACACCCAAAAAACGGCCAGCUAAUCCAUCUAUUCAAAUUCCUACCAACCCUCCAGAACCAGCAGGGCACCCACCUCCCUACGCUGGUCCGUCAGAUACCGUCAAUCAGCCCAUCCUGCAGAAUCGGCCCUCGUUCGUCUCGUUGAGAUCAAGAUCGAGAGGCAAUUCCGUCAGCAAUGUUCUUACAGCACCUCGGCAUCGCCCAGACGGGACAACGACAAUGCAAGAUGAUUCUAAAGCCGAUUGGGCGGAGUCCAGCGACGAGGAGGCGAUCGACGCCGUCGCAGCUGGCCCUAGCGGCACUCAUCUAGAUGAGAGGACCAGUGCUACUCUCUCGGCAGCUCGUGCCGCGACCUCUCCACAACUCCAGCCUAAUGUCGCUCAACCUGUUCCAGUGCCCGUUUUGCCACGAACGGGAUCUGCAGCACUACGGCGCAAUCGUCCUUCCAAUUUGGAUCUGUCUUUGGCUCGCUCAAAUCCCAUCCCACCUCCAGAACCUUCUCCUGUUCCGACACUGCUUACAUUGAGACAGGCGCUUUCCCACUCUCUCCCAACUGCUGCCGAUUCUCCCAACCCAGAUACUCCUUUGGCGGAGGCUGAUGACGAUGACGAAGAUGUUGAAGGGCACAUUAGUCUUGCACAAGCUCUGCUUGAGAGCAGAAUUCCUGAUCUACCACCCAUGGGAACAAGGCGUGCACAGGAACCCAUAUUGAUCACCCCUUCGAAUUCAAAUUUAAGACAAGGCGAACCUUCAUCCCCUCAAACUGCUGAUGGCCACAACUCGAAUUCCGUUGGACGUAGCUCCAGUAGUAACGCCAGACGCCGCCGCCGAUGGUCUAUUAUGAUCAGCAGUCCCACAGAGAUUGCUCCUGAGCCUACGACAGCACCAAGCAUAAGGUCGGCGAGCAGGUUCUCAAGAUCAAAUUCGUUUCGUUCCAACCAUUCUCAAACACCAACAGCACGAUCAAUUACGGAUCCUGUGCCCUCUAUGCCUUCCACUGUUGGCCCUGUGACGCCAUUAACAGCUGGACCGGCUCCUCAAUCGUCUCGCGCGUCACGCUUUUUCCCGCGAAUCUUUAGCAGCGUUCUCCAUGGGCGGAGUUCGGAAGACCAUCCACCGACUCGCUCUGCAAGUCCAAUCGAUGCAGAAGGGCUACGUUGGACACCAGGUCCCCAACAAAGCCCCCCUCCUAAAUUGGAAUAUGUCAAACUUCCUGGAACCAAAGGCGCGCUUCUUGUCAAAGCUGUCGAGACUGCCAAAAAGAGCUUCCUUGCCAUCCUUUGCGGUGAUAACGGUGAAAAGGUUGAGUUGUUCGCGGGGACAUAUCGAACAGCUCUCGGCCUCUCGCGGACCUUUAUCUUACCUGAUUCACCGCGUUCCCUGGAGCUGCAACUGCAAGGAGAUGACCUUGUGGAAGUCUUUCUCGUGUUCGCGCAGAAUGUCUUUGGUUUGGAGCCCGCGACUGUCCGUGUGCGCGAGGUAAGAAUCGGACGCGCAGAACGACGCGCAGCUCGACGACGAGCGCGGGAACAAAGAGUCGGAGAGUUACCUACAAAUGACCCCGACGCAGCCGACGAAGACACCAAUGUCACUGUCAGCAUCGGUGUUGCUGUUCCAACAAUUUCUAACGCUACUUCCUCUGGUGGUAAUAGUGAACGUCCAGGAAGCCCAACUCUUGUUGCCAACGAGCAUCCUGAAGCACAGACAGACAGGCCUUCAACCCCAGAUCCCGCUUCUUCCUCUGCGCCACAACAAACCGACGAACUGCUCGCCCUGGCCACCGCUCAGAUGGGCCCUUACACCACUUUCCAGCAACUCGGAUUUGCACCUAAAUUUCCGCUAGCGUCUAUUGCAGACGAAUAUGUCAUCCCUCCAACAUACCCCUCCUUUUUGGAAUACAAGGCCGAAUACGAGGGUGAUGGUUCCCCUCCAGAAAUGAGCCAAUCUCAGUUCUCUCCACCUGGUCUCCCUAUACCUACACCUACUGCUCCCUCGAGAUGGUUUUACCGCGAUCCUAAAAACGUUGUUCACGGCCCUUGGAAAGCCUCUCUAAUGCAAGCCUGGUAUAAAGACGGUCUUCUUCCACCAGAUCUCCCGGUCAGGCGAGAGGAGGAUCCGGAAUAUAUGCUUCUGAAGGACCUCCGUCUACAGAGUGUUGACCCUACGCAACCCUUCCGCACCGUAGCUCCUCCUUCCCCUGCUGUAUCAACUACAGCAACGCAUGGCGCCCGACCUCUUCUCAAGCCUAUCUCCCUAUUGGCCCAACCUCGGCAUUUCGGACCACCUGCAUUGUUCUUUUCCUCUCGCGGCGGACACAGUACUGCCAUUGUCGACGCACGCGGACGAUCUGUGCUAAAGGACAAAUUCUUCUGGAGCAGUGACGACGAUUCUACCCGGGUUUCAUCCUUCGGCAGAAUGGGAGAUGUCAAGAGGCUGGAGGCCUUCGAUGUCAGCGAGCGGUCGGUGUUGGUUGCAAUGCGUCAAGGAGGGCUAGAGGUUGUCGACCUCAGUGACGCGUUGCUGAAGCCUGCAGACGAAUCAAGAACUGCGCUACCGCACUACAACCCUCCCACAAGUAACGUUAACCGCCGAGCACCUUACGUAUGGAAGAUCGGCACACCGAUAAUCCCGUCGAUGGAUCAAGCGCUACCUGUCACUAGUAAAGGCAAAGGCGCGCUUUCGUCCAGCAAAAAGUCGAACACUGGCCCUGCUAGGAAUAUUUCUAGCAGAGCGGAUUCACUUCCAGGCGAUUUUGACAUUGACCCGCAGGACGAGGUCCUAUAUCUCGGUCGGAAAGACGACGAGGUGUACUUCUGUGAACGAAAUGCCUCCUCUUUCAGGAUAUUACGCUUAUCACCUACUGCAUGA